GUUUGACACACAAGCAAAGAAAACAACAGUCAAAAUCAAUCAAAUGGCGAUGAGAGCUGUAGUAAGCCGACUCAGCCUGACGCGCUCGAUGGAGUCAACUCGGGGAGCAACUCGCUACUUUAGCGACGACAAAGGUCGUGUCUUGAGCGAGGAGGAGCGCGCUGCUGAGAACGUUUACAUUCAGAAAAUGGAGAGGGAGAGGCUGGAGAAGCUGAAGCAGAAGGCAGCGAAAGAGAAGUUGGAGAAAGAUAAACAGGGUUCUGAUAAGACAGAGCCACACAAGGGCUAAAUCUGAAUCUGACAGGCAUGCUUUGGAAGCGAAAAAUAAAUGUAUGACUUUUGAUGGGAUUAGGUCUUUGUACAGAAUGGUGGUCAUGUUAAUAUCUUGUCUUGUUAAAAGUCAUAGACAUGGCAGUGUUGCUGUUUGCUGUUCUUAAUCUAUAAAAAAGAUGUUUUCUGUACUGUAAAUGUUCUUCCUGGAUAUUUAAUCGACUCUUGGCGUA